UAUUUUUACUUAACAUGUGUGUGUUAGAGUUAUACUUUGAACCACUGGGGUCAAAAUGAAGCAGUGACAAAACCUAAAAUUCGCAGAGCUCCUACGCCCGGCUCUUAUGCUAGCGUGUAUCUUUAGCCUAAAGCUGAAUAGUCCCAUUGGCUAACAGGAAGAUACUGCUUGAUGUGCUACGCUACAGAAAAUUUUCAGAACAGACAAAGGGCUUCCUCUGCUUGUCAUGAAAAAAGGGACUAGCUAGAAUGAGUCUCUUCAAUUUAGACCGGUUUCGUUUCAUGAAGAAAAGCGCAAACAAAGAAGACCAGGUUUGCGAGACCAAAAGACUCGAUUCUGAAAAGGAGAACAAGCCAGCUCAAAAGAAACCAAUUAAAACCCCAUCAAAUUCCCAUGCACGAGGAGUGGUUUUUGAAGAAGUCUAUUCAGUUGACUUGGAGGAGGAUGUGGUUCUCCCUGAACCAAAGAAAAAAACAACCCCAACCAAGAAAUUUAAGCCUGUUAAGAAGGCAGCAUCAAACCAUACAGAUGACGAGGACAAUGAGAUGGAUGACAAAAUGAGCAAAUUGUUGGAGAUGUUUCCUCAGUUGACAAGAACUGAUGUUUUAGAGGUCAUUAGGGAUACAAGCACGCUGGAAGGAGCUGUAGCUGCCUGCCUAUUCAAAUUUGGGGAUAAAGAAGCUCAGAGUAAAAACAAAAAGCGAAAGCAGGAUGAGUCCAGCAGUUCUCAGGAUAUUCGUGAGAUUCAACUGAACAAGAAAAGGAGACAAUCAACCUCUGAUGAAGAAGAAAAUGACAAGAAAGAACCAAAUUGGGAGAAGCAAGAGGCCAUGGUGAGACGACUCCAAAAAAAGUUUCCUAACCAGGAUAAGGAGGAGCUGAGAAUGGUGCUUCAAGAACAUGAAUGGAAUGUUGAAGAUGCUCUGCAGGUUCUACAAAUGUUCUCAGACUCAGAAAAUAGUUCCUGCUCAGCUGAGUCAGAAAAAACGAAGUCAAAGAGCAAAGAUAAGUCGAGGAGAGACCACAAAGUUUCAAGGGACCACAAAUUCAAUAGUGAAAAGAUGGUGGAAGAAGACAAGGACCACAGAGAUCACAGUGAAUCAGAUGUGAACGAUUCAAAUGAUACAGAUGUCACAAAGGACAGUGAAGAAGAUUCAGAUUCGGAUGACAGCGAAAGUUCCCAAAUCAAAACUUACAACUCUGUUCAUACUUCACAGGCUGAGAAAAAAUCAGAUUCAGUCUCUUCAUCCUCCUCUGUUAAGCCAACAGCUACCUCUUCCUUUGUGACACCUUCCCCUUCCUCCCCACCCUUUCAGACUUUACCCACAUUUUCCAGUGAGACCAGCAUUGUUAAGAAGCAGGCAGCUGAGAGAAAGAUGAAGGCACGUUCCUCACAAGAACCUAUGAGUUCUGAAGGGGAAAGUGAUCAGGAAGAGGACAUCGUGACAAGCGAGUUUGAGAACUCUGAUGAUGAUGAGCUAGAUGUUGAAUGUGCCAGGCCAGAUUUAAGGAAGGACAUUCUCACGUUUUUUCAGACUGCAACUAAAGAUGAGCUGUCUUUGAUUUCUGGCUGCUCUAUAAAAAAGGCCCAGAAGAUUGUGGAACUGAGGCCUUUUGAUACAUGGGAGAGCCUGUGGGAUGUUUUUCAUAAAGGAAAUGGACUUUCAGAUGAUUUGUUGUAUGGCUGCAAAGUUGUCCUCAAAGAGCGGAAGGUUGUCUUGGGACUCAUGUCCAAGUGUGAGACCAUUUCUUCCAAAAUGGUCAAACGGGUCACCCAGGUCAUGGAAAGUGGAAAAGAAUCUUCAAAACAGCCCGGCAUACUCAACAGCCAGUUUGAGCUUAAACCGUAUCAGGUGAUUGGUUUGAAGUGGCUGUUGCUCCUGCAUGAACACAAUCUGAGUGGUAUCCUCGCAGAUGAAAUGGGUUUGGGAAAAACUAUCCAGGCUAUAGCAUUUUUAGCUCAGCUGUUUGAAAAUGACAUACAUGGUCCUCAUCUUAUUGUUGUGCCUGCCUCCACACUUGAUAACUGGGUUAGAGAGCUGAAGUCGUGGUGUCCAAGCCUUAAAGUCCUUGUUUAUUAUGGCUCUGUUGAAGAGCGGCGCUACCUCAAACAUGACAUCCUCAACCAGGAAGUUGACUUCAAUGUCAUUGUCACCACGUAUACCUUGGCCACAGGAAACGACAGUGACCGUAGCCUUUUCCGCAAGAUGCAUCUGGAGUACGCCGUGUUCGAUGAAGGCCACAUGUUGAAGAACAUGAACACUCUGCGUUAUCGUCACCUUAUGGCUAUUAAUGCUGAGCAUCGCCUGCUGCUGACGGGAACUCCUUUACAGAACAACCUUCUGGAGCUGAUGUCACUCUUGAACUUCAUCAUGCCCUCCAUGUUCUCCAGUUCCACAAUGCAGCUCUCCAAAAUGUUUUCCAUGGUAAGUUAAAAAUCUUAUGAGGAACAAAGUCAUUUUGAGAGGAAUCGUAUUUCUCAGGCCAAACUCAUCAUGAAACCAUUUAUCCUGCGACGUGUCAAAAGUGAGGUCCUCAAGCAGCUGCCAGCUAAAGAAGAAAAAAUAGAGUUCUGCUCCAUGAGUGAGAAACAGAAGGCUCUCUAUGAAGCACUCUUAAAAAAAUUGAAAACUUCAGUUAUUGGAGAGAAGCGUGAGCUGUGUAACGUUAUGAUGCAGCUGAGGAAGAUGGCCAACCACCCUCUUCUUCAUAGACAAUACUACACCACAGAAAAGCUUGAAGCCAUGAGCAAACUUAUGCUUAAGGAACCAACACACUUUGAUGCCAAUCCUGCCCUGAUUCAAGAAGAUAUGGAAGUGAUGUCAGACUUUGAGCUGCAUCGUUUGUGUCGGCGAUACGCCUCGAUCAGCUCCUUCCAGCUUGAUGACGGUCUUCUGCUGGACUCUGGGAAGUUUCACCACCUUAAAGAGCUGCUGACAUCAAUUAAAAGCCAGGGAGACCGGGUGGUGUUAUUCAGUCAGUUUACCAUGAUGCUGGACAUUGUGGAAGUGCUGCUAAAACAUCUUGAGUAUCGUUACAUCAGACUUGAUGGAUCCACACCUAUAGCUGAGAGGAUUGUGCUGAUUGAUGAGUACAACACAGACCCUGAGAUACUGGUGUUUCUGAUAUCGACCCGUGCUGGUGGGCUCGGUAUCAACCUAACCUCGGCAAAUGUAGUCAUUCUGCAUGACAUCGACUACAAUCCUUACAACGACAAGCAGGCCGAGGAUAGAUGCCAUCGUGUGGGCCAGACCAGAACUGUGCAGGUGAUCAAGCUGAUCAGUAAGGACAGCAUAGAGGACUGCAUCCUGCAGCUCGGCCACAGAAAACUAAAGCUAGAACAAGACAUGACUGCUGCUGAACAAGGUGAUGAGAGCACCAUACCUGAAGAUAUGGCAUCAUUGCUUAAAGCCUCUCUGGGACUGUGA